AUGGCAUCGAGUAGCACCAUCGACAUACCCUCCACCCUUCUCCAAUCGGUUCGAAAAUUUCGUCUGACCCCCUCUAAAGUCCCUAUCAGCGCUCAAAUCUUCAAAAUCGACAAAAAGAGCCUCACUUUGCAACUCGAAGAAACACUGAGCACCGGCUUGAGCUCAGUUGAGGAUCUCGUAGAGCAACUUCCAGAAAACUCUCCCCGAUUCCUCAUCGUAAAUUACAAAUUGCAGCAUCAUGAUGGAAGAGUGUCUUACCCGCUGUUCUUGCUAUACUGGGCCCCACAAACCUCUUCUCUAGAACAAAGCACACUUUAUGCUUCUGCUCUGAGCAACUUUGCAGCAAAAGCAGACAUCGGCAAGGUUAUCGACGUAAGAGACGGAGAAAUCAGUGCUAAACAUCUCGACGAGAGACUGGGUGCAUAG